UUCCUCCUCUUACAGGUACACUGUGGACUUUAGGAAAGUUACUAGUUGUUUAGUGUCUAGUCGUGACAGUGUAAUGACUGUCCUUUUUUAAUCUUUUAAUUCCACUCUGUCGUGUUAAGGAGAUCGUGGGGAGACAUGUCCGACUCGGACCUCCACUUGGACUCUGUUCCUCUUGUUGCGCUGAAUAUGAGCGUCAGGAAAAAGUUGGGGCUUUAUCUAAACCCUAAAAACGCCGUGGCCUCGGACUGGAUGGCUGUUGCAGAGCGCAUGGACUUCUCAUACUUGGAAAUAAAAAACUUUGAAGGGUCCAGAAACCCCACUCUGAUGGUUCUGGAGGACUGGCAGGCGCGGAACACUGAUGCCACCGUGGGAAGGCUGUUGUCAAUCCUGAUGGAGGUGGACAGGAAGGACAUAGUGGUGGAUCUCCGUCCUCUUAUAGAUGAAGAUGUCAGGAAGUAUCUUGACUCUCUGAAGAAGAAGGCUGAGCCCCCACUUCAGGUCCCUGAAGUAGACAGCUGUGUCCCCCGCAAUCCUGCCCUCACCCUGGAUGAUGACCCUGAAGCCCCAGAGAUGUUUGAUGCAUUCAUCUGUUACUGCCAAAGCGACUUCAAGUUUGUCCAUGAGAUGAUUCGGGAGUUGGAACAGACAGAGUACAAGCUGAAACUGUGUGUGUUCGACCGAGACGUCCUCCCAGGCUCCUGUGUGUGGACCAUCACCAGUGAGCUCAUUGAGAAGAGGUGUAAGAGGAUGGUGGUGGUGAUUUCUGAUGAAUACCUUGAUAGUGAUGCAUGUGACUUUCAGACCAAGUUUGCUCUCAGUCUCUGUCCUGGUGCUCGAAGCAAACGGCUCAUUCCAGUGGUAUACAAGCCAAUGACAAAGCCAUUCCCCAGCAUCUUACGCUUCCUGACAGUAUGCGACUACACCCGACCUUGCACACAGGCCUGGUUUUGGGUACGACUGGCUAAAGCGCUUUCCCUUCCAAAGUAAAGGCGCAAGGUAGCAAUAUGUGCCAAAAGUGCCCUAUUGUUUUAUCUGAAAAAUUACACUGAACAGUGCCCAAACAUAACAGAUACAUACAUGUUACUGCUUUAGAUGUUAGUCCUUCUGGCUUCUGAAUUUAUGGUUCAUUUACUGUGUACGGCAUGCAUUUCACUACUGCCUUUGUCAUUUCCUUCUGUUUUUGGAAGAAUAAUGCCAAGUCAUAAUAAUGCUCUUGUGAACCACAGGUUGUGUGUCUGUAUAUUCAUGCAAGUUAUGUUGUACGAGAUGUGUUUGUAACUGGGAGAGAAAUGCUAAAUGCUCUGUAAAAGAGUUUGUGUGUGUGUGUGUGUGUGUGUGUGUGUGUGUGUGUGUGUGUGUGUGUCAGCCACUUCCUCUAUUGAGUCAACUUCUUGAUGAGAUUAAACCCAGAGAGGAAGAGGUUUUGUGAGUGAUACUUUCACAUUCUCACUUAGACUGACUGCCAACAAUGUCCUCUCAUUUCUAAAAAAACCCAAAACAAAACAAAAAUUUACUGUAAUGUCUCAAAUUUUAAUGUUGUAUAUUUGAUGCACUUUUAUUUCAUAUUUUAUCUUUGCCUCGAACCCAUGAUUUGAAUGUAAUUUCCACAAAUAAAGAUCUUUACAUAUAUUUCAUUUUUAAA